UCACAAAAAUCUUCUUCUUACUCGUCAAUCCAGCAGUUGCAAGUUGCAACUUCCUAUGAACCAUGCCACAUUACAACCUAUAUAUGCAACAAGACCACCAAUUCUGUUCCACCAAAUUGAACAAACAAACAUCACCACCUUAAUAUACUAGAAAUGAGGCUACAACAACUCAACAUGUUACUAGUACCAUUUUUCUUGCUUGUUCUUACUGGUGGUUUUCCUACCAAAGCAAAAGGUUUGCUACCACCUUCCAUGGAUUCUCCCAAUCCUCUCUUAGCUGAUCAUUUCCCAGACCGAUUUUGCGUCACGGAACAAAUCCCCUAUGGAGUUGAGAUAGACCAAUCAGCCAUGACAUCUAUAGUAGAUUGGAAGGAAACUUCAGAUGAACAUGUUAUAAUGAUUGAUGUGCCAGGAUUUAGAAAAGAUGAGAUCAAGAUAGAAGUGGUAGGGAACAGCGUGCUGAGUGUGAUUGGAGAAAGGAAGAAAGAAGUGGAGAAGAAAGGUGAUCGUUGGCAUAGAGCUGAAAGGAUGUAUGGAAAAUUCUGGAGACAGCUUAGAUUGCCGGAGAAUGCUGAUUUUGAUUCCGUGAAGGCUAAGGUGGAAAAUGGUGUUCUUAUUUUGACACUUAAUAAGCUGUCCCAUGAAUAUCAGAUUAAAAGUAUUAGAGUUGUUAGCAUUGAUAAGGAGAAUGAGAAAUCAGGCAAGCUUAAUAAUGAUGGGGCUAAUACCACUGAACUUUGAAAUAAGCUUUUUAAUUCUAUGUUUGGUUUGAAUAAAGGGAUUUCACCUAGGAUUUGGUUGUUAGUGUGAUGAAAUUAAUCACUUGUUUGAUGGUUAGUGUUGUAGAGGGUUUAGUUGUGUUUUGUAGCUUUAUCUUUUAUGUUUGAUACUUCUUGAAUUGAAUGGUAUUUUUUUUUUGUCAA